UAGCUCUCAGCUGUGGUUGAUAAGUAACCAUGCCAUCUCGAUAUCUACCACGCCUGACACAUCUUACUGCCUUGCCGUCAUCGCUCGAGCCCAAAUUUCUUUCUGUCAUCACUAAUCGAUGCGACAGGGAUUGACAGAACGUACUCAACCACUUCGUGCCUACUCCUAAUACCCGUUCAAUCCUCGUCUUCGAACAGCAAGCUUCUGCUAGAAGAUGGCACUCGACGGAUCUAUUAUCGCAGCCAUUGUAACGGGCAUUGCUGCCUUACUUGCCGCGCUGGCGACUGCUUGGAUGUCCGGAUGGAACGAACAUCGAACUCAAGCUCGUGCGAACAAGAAGGCGCUGGCUCGAUACUCAGUGCCCCUCAUCAUCGCAGCAUGGGACCUGGCCAACUGGUUCUUCGACAUUCUGGAUGAAGACAACUACAGUCCAAAGCGUUGCGCAGCCUACGGUGACGGAUGGAACAGCGAGUUCACGUCUUACCUGAUCGGCUCAUACUUUGCUGGCGUUCAUAUCAUUCGCGAAAUGACACACUUCUUCGCACACAUCACGGGCGAAGAGGCCGAGAAGUUAAAGAAACUUCUUUGGAAGAUACAAGACGAGUUUAUCUCUAUGGACUACGAGGGACGGGAAAGCCGCGAGAUGCGCUGGUUCGAAGGCGACAUACUGGCUGCUCAAGAACACCUUACCGAAGUCGUUGAACAUAAGGGUACCGAAACCACUGAAACCACCCGAGAGCUGCGAGUAAUUGGGUGGACCGAGUUCCAGAAGAAGUACAAGCCAGCCUCUGAAUUGAAGCAUGGAGACUCGCCGGGCUUGCACAAGCUCUUCGAAUGGUACGAGGACGAAUUUCAGCGUAUCGUUUACCGUCGAUUCCGAAGCUUGUAUUCCAGCAAAUGGUCGACAGAACCCAAUCCUCAAGCUUACAACACCAAGAGAGACUAUAUCAUUAACCAAGAAGAAGGUCAGAAGACAGAACUAGAGAGGAAAAGAUUGCAAGAAGCUCGGGGUCACGAUGAUGUCAAGAAGGUAGACAAGAUGACCUUGAAAGAGAGUUUUGAGCACGAGCAGAAGCUGAAGAAACUGGACGAAGAGGAGGAGUCCAUCGCGACUGAGCAGCAACAGUACCCACAGUUCAACGUCAUAGUACCUGACCAUCGAGUAAGGCGUCUUCAGCAUCUGCUGAUGGACCUUGUAGAAGUGCUGGAUGCCUUCACUACGAUGAAACUCAACCGCCCGGUGCGCAAGUGCACAAUGCGUACGGAAAAUCGAGUACCACUUGGACCGAGUAAUCCACUGGAUCUUACGCCUGGGUACCGCAUUCCUUGUGACUGUAGUUCUCUCGACUGCAAUCCAAAACAAGAGGAUUUCCCAGACCGACAACUUUCAACAAAGAAGUCUACAAAUCGCCCAGCGGGGCGCGAACCAUCGAAGCCAUCACGAGAUCACCAGAUUGAGUCGAGGGUACCCCCAGCAAGGACGGGUGUAGUCGACGCGGAGAAAGGCAUCAGUCAGUAACGAAAAAAAAAGGGUUUUGCUAGCUUCAUCAACGUUGUACCUCCAAUAUUGUUAUCAGCGAAAGCUACCGUGCACUACUUGAUCUGGAAUAAGGUGUCCUGACCCAUACCCGAUCCGCCAGCUCCGAUCUCCCCAGUUCCCUUCGUUGCUGAAAGCUGCACGCCAGGCUACUUCUCAACCAGAGAGCGCAGCUUCAAACACAUUGCAGCAAUAAGGCUAAGCAUGCGCUCGCAGAGGCCUCCGAUAAGCCGUCAGUAUGCGUCACAGCUGUUCUUAGC